AUGAAACAGCGUCAACAAUCCGCUUUGAUUCAUACGAGCGGUCAUGAGUCACUUCCACCGCGGCCUGAAAAAGUAAGAGUGGAGCGGCGUUAUGUCAUCGGAGGCCCGGGUUUGACUGAAUCUCACAUGCAGGAGGACUCCAGAGGACCGUGGGCCGAGCUGGAGUACUCACGAGUGUCGGUGCUUCAAACCUGCUCAGGAACAUUUACUUCAUCCUGCUUUAGAGAUCCAUCAGAAGAUCCACCUCCUGAUCUCUGGACCAUGAGUCAACACGCCGUCCACACGCUGAGCGAGCAGAAAACCCGUUUAAUUUCAUGUGCCUGUAACUGA